AUGCGAGCACGGGGUAAAGUGGAGGUCGAACUGCAAGGUGUGCAGCGCUUGUCCGCACGGUGCAAGGAGUGCGGUGGGUCUCAAAUCUGCGAGCACGGUCGUCAGCGCUUUCACUGCAGGGAGUGCGGCGGGUCUGGAAUCUGCGAGCACGGUCGUGGGCGCCAUAGGUGCAAGGAGUGCGGUGGGUCCCAAAUCUGCGAACACGGUCGUGUACGCUCUCAGUGCAAGGAGUGCGGUGGGUCUGGAAUCUGCGAGCACGGUCGUCGGCGCUCUCUAUGCAAGGAGUGCGGUGGGUCUGGAAUCUGCGAGCACGGUCGUCAACGCUAUAGCUGCAAGGAGUGCGGUGGGGCUGGAAUCUGCGAGCACGGUCGUGAGCGCUAUAGCUGCAAGGAGUGUCGCGCGGCAAAGGCUGGAACGUUCCCGGAUGUGGACGUCGAGGUUGGGGUGACGGAGGACGCGUCGAGCAAGGGGGCGAAGCGGAAGAGGGCCCCUUACACAAAGGGGCCAUGCGAGCACGGGGUGAAGUAUCGGUCGCAGUGCAAGGUGUGCAGCGCUUGUCCGCACGGUCGUCAGCGCAAUAAGUGCAAGGAGUGCGGUGGGGCAUCAAUCUGCGUGCACGGUCGUGAGCGCAAUAAGUGCAAGGAGUGCGGCGGGGCAUCAAUAUGCGAGCACGGCCGUCAGCGCUCUCACUGCAAGGAGUGCGGUGGGGCAUCAAUCUGCGUGCACGCUCGUGAGCGCAAUAAGUGCAAGGAGUGUGGCGGUGCAUCAUUCUGCGAGCACGGUCGUCAGCGCAGAUACUGCAAGGAGUGCGGUGGGUCCCAAAUCUGCGAACACGGUCGUGUACGCCGUCUGUGCAAGGAGUGCGGUGGGUCUGGAAUCUGCGAGCACGGUCGUCAGCGCCCUCAGUGCAAGGAGUGCGGUGGGUCUCAAAUCUGCGAGCACGGUCGUCAACGCUAUAGCUGCAAGGAGUGUCGCGCUGCGAAGGCCAAACAGAGGUAG